CUUUACGAAGGUGGUGUUUGGAAAGUGAGGGUCGAUUUACCUGAAAAAUACCCAUUCAAGUCUCCAUCUAUAGGUAAGCUAUGUACAGCUGUAUUUAUCUUUAGAUUUACCUACUGUCACUGAGAUUUGCAAUCAGCUCAUUCCUUUGUAACAACACUUCUUUGCAAAGAGUUGAUGAAAAUUGUGUUGAAGCCUUGGGACCAGUUACACAAAUAUUGAUGUCCAAUAUAACUUGUAACAUCUGAAUUUCAGCCCACUGAAGUCCUGACAUGAGGUUUUGCAACAGGUCCCUUUCAGAAAGUUUUGUGAGGAAGCUGAAUAUUUUUUUUUUCUGGUACAUGCAGUGGAUCUGAAUUUGAUUCGUGCUGCUCAUAGGUUGUAACUGAUUUUCACACCAUCAUAAAGAGAAUGUACAAAUUUGUAAUCUGUUUUUUUUUAACCAUGCAGUGCAUUGAAGAAAUAUGGUUUAAUACAUUUUUAUGUUACCACCUCUAAACGUCUCCAAUACUGUCUUCCAAUACAACUCACUUUUUAGUGAUGACUGCCAUGUUUGAAAAAAAGUACAACUGUCACGUGCAAAAAUGUGAAUUGAAAUUAUUUAAUUUUGUGUUCAAUCCUGAUAAAACUUGACUUUGAUAUAUUUUUUCUUUUACUUUUGUUUAAGGUUUUAUCAACAAGAUUUUCCAUCCAAACAUAGACGAAGCGUAAGUUUUUCUCUUUCAUUGUUUUAUUGUCUUGUAAACAAAAGUAGUACUUGAAAUAUACUAGUAAUGAGGUAUUGACGGUCUGUAACAUCUUCGUAGUUCUGGGACAGUUUGCCUUGAUGUGAUCAACCAAGCUUGGACUGCGUUGUAUGGUUAGUGCUGGUAAAAGAUAACGAGAUUGAAGAAGAAUAAAUCUUUAACAGUGAAACUUUGAUUUAAUGAACCUUUAUAUGUCGCAGUGCCCCAGUAAUAGUAAAAUAUACUGAAAAGAACUUCGAUGAUGAAACCUUGUUAUAGCAAACAUAUUUUGCCAGUCUCUUGGCCCUUCAUUAUAUCGAGGUUCCACUGUAUUUUAUUUGUGUGUGUGCUAAUCCGGAACGCACAACCCUAUUCUUUGCUCGAUAGAUGACUGAUUCAUGAAAAGGAAAGCAAAAAGAAUUCCUACUGUGACAGUGGUUUGGAUACCUGGAGUAAAAAUUAUAAACAUGAAUUAUUUUGGCAAACUUCUUUUUUCUACUUUUGUUUUGAAGUCUGUUUGCUAUUACUAUUUCCGAUGGACCCAAUACAAGUAAGAGUGUCUCACUGGUUACCCAAACACCUUAAAGUCUUUUGACGAAUUCACUAUUUGGAGAUUACAUUGAGACAAUCCAUUUUCUAGUGUUUAUUGUAUGAUUGUGCUGACUGUGAACAGGGAGAAAAAGGGCUCAAUUAAGUAUGGUUAAUGUGCAUGUGGUAAGCAUCCAUUAUGACAUAUUAUUUUCCCUUGAAAUCACCUUCAUUGUCAGUAGGUUCCAGCAAGCUGGAAUGUUCUGCUGUAUAAUAUACAGAUUGAAGCAUGUUUUUGUUUCAUUGUGCAGUUUAUAUUAAAAAAUCUGAUCGGUAAAUGCAGGAUUUAAUUUCUCAAAUCUUUGAAGCCAUAUUUAUUGUUUGCUCUACCUUUUUUGUGAUUUGGGCCUGCCUGCCCCUCACCAAAUGAUUUCUGUUUUUUUGCCAAUGUCAGAUUUGUCAAACAUCUUUGAGUCUUUUUUACCUCAACUUCUGUCUUACCCUAACCCUGUUGAUCCCUUGAAUGGAGAUGCAGCAGCCCUUUACCUUCACAAACCGGAACAGUAUAAAGAAAAAAUAAAAGGUAUGAAUAAUUAGUACACUGGUGGAAAAAGUAUCAGUGAGCCUAUUUAGGGCCUUAUUCUGUCCACAUCCAUUUUUGAAAACCAUUGGCCACCUAGCACAACUCAAAAACCUUGAAUGUUUGGUGUACACUGACCAAUGUAGCUUUUAUAGUUCUGUGUUUUUUUUCUCUUUAAUUCCUUGAGAACUUGCUACUGAGGAUUGUGUGUAUAAAUUUAUUCCUUUCAAAAGGAAGUUAGUAGACAAAAAACUGUGCCACGUUAUGAUAAUGACAAAGAGGUUUGAGUGGUGUUUUGUCAUCAAAGGAUUUUAUCCAUAGACAGUGACCAACUGAAAAUUAGAACUACAUUCUUUGUCUUCAUUAUAAUUUGUAAAGUGAAAGGAUUAUGCUAAUAUGUUGACUUCAUUGUUACUAGAAUAUAUAAAGAAAUAUGCAACAGAAGAGGCAUUGAAAGACCAAGAAGAAAUGUCAUCAUCAAGUGAAAGUUCAAUUAGUGACUUUUCAGAAGAUGAAGCUCAAGACAUGGAGCUCUGA